CACUGAUAACUUGCACAUUAUCACUGACGCUGUGUCCGGUGCUCACUCUUCACACCUCACAUUCAUCAUCACCAUGUCCGACGCUGAGCAGCAGGCAGCCUUUGACGUCCUCUUCGACCGCGGCAUCCAGACGCGCCGCAAGGUCCUCGGCGACCCGUACGUCGACCGCCAGCUCGCCAAGGGCAGCUCGGAGUUUGCGCGCCCCGCACAGGAGUACGUGACCCGCAACGCGUGGGACGGGCUGUGGGGCCGCCCGGGGCUCGAGCUCAAGCACCGCUCGCUCGUCGUCAUUACCGUGCUCGCUGUCGGCGGGCACAACCAGGAGCUCGCGGGCCACACGAAGGGCGCACUGCGUAACGGCCUCACCGAGGUCGAGAUCCGCGAGGCCAUGCUCCAGAUCAUGGGCUACGCCGGGUUCCCUGUCGGCCUGAAUGCCUUCCGCGUCGUCGAGGCCGCGAUUGAGGAGUACAAGGCCGAGCAGGCCGCUGAGGGUGGCGAGGCCAAGGCCGAGGGAAGCAAGACUGAGGCCAAGUAGGACAAAGCAUGAAUCCGCUGCAUUGAG